AUGCCCGCACCGCAUCCCGCCGCGGUGACGCCGCAAAAGGGCCUUUCCAUCUACCGCCGGCUGCUGCGCGAGUGCUCCUAUCUCCCUCCCGCCGUCCGACCGACGAUCCAGUCCCUGAUACAGACCCGCUUCCACCAGCACCGCAAGCAGGACCCCCGGGCCAAGCCGCACUGGGAGCGGGCGCAAGGGGUGCUGCGCACGCUGUCCGCCGCCAACCAUGGCAAUCGAAAGUGCAUGGAAGGGCUCAUCUCGAAAGCCUUUGGCCGGUCCGGCACGCGGCGGCGGCAGCUGAUGAGCGACUUUGUCGUGCCGCAGGGCGUCCAGGACUCCAAGGCGCUGGAGGCCCUGACGAGCGGAAUCUCUGCUGCCACGACGGACGCGAGCGGCCCCAUGUCGACCGACGGCGGCUCAAAGGAAAAGAAACCGAUCGGAAACCCCAAGAACCGCUUCUUCUUGAAAUGGGACCAGCCAAAGCUCCUGCGGCUGCUGUCGUCGCAGCGCCAGCGCCAAAACGAAGCCAGGUCCACGUCGCACCUGCUCGGGCCCGCGAUCAAGACCACCAAUCCCAGCGUCGACGUGCCCAAGGAGAACAUCUGGGGCGACGCGCCGGCCGAGUGCGUCGUCAACGCCAAAAAGGCACGCUGGUGGCGGCGCAGCGCGGACAAGAUGCAGCCACCCCUCGGCAAGGGCGAGUGGGAGCUGCUCGGCCGUCUGAGCCGCGGCGCGCAAGAAUCGGGCGAGUGGCAGAUUCCCGCGCGGCGGAUCCGCGCGGGCGCUGCUGCUGCUGCUGCUGCUGCCGAACCGCAGUCGGAGAGCCAAGCAGCAGCAGCCGCGCUGAUGCGAUAUGCAUCCCACACAGCCGCCGCGGUGGAGCGGAAUCGGAGCGCAAGGCGCGUGGCGCGGUCUGGGCAAAGCGAUGCCGGUCCGUACGGCAUGUCACACUCUGGCAACGGCCUCUCGCCACGAUGGUUCCGGCGGGCGUAUAACCGCACGUGGAUGCUGACGCCCAAGAUGGAGCAGGACCCGCGGACGCUGCAGUACAAGUUUACGUUUGGCGAUCUCCCAAGCAUGCGAGAUGCCACGCCGCAGCAGCGGUCCAUCUUUGACGGUGUUGAUGCCAACGGCCAGCCUUUGAAGAAGUCCACCAGGUAG